AUGUGUGGUAUUUUUGGUUACUGUAAUUACUUGGUUGAAAAAUCUCGUGGUGAGAUCAUCGACACAUUAGUGGAUGGUUUGAAAAGGUUGGAAUAUAGAGGAUAUGAUUCUACUGGUAUCGCUAUCGAUGGUGAUGAACUUGACUCCACUUUUAUUUUUAGACAAAUUGGUAAAGUUAGCUCUUUAGAGAAAGAAAUUGCUUUACAGAAGCCUAAUAGGGAUGUUACAUUUGUGUCACAUUCUGGUAUUGCCCACACUAGAUGGGCUACUCAUGGUGAGCCAAAGCAGAUUAAUUGCCAUCCUCAAAGAUCUGAUCCAAAUAACGAAUUUGUAAUUGUUCACAAUGGUAUUAUCACUAACUUUAGAGAGUUGAAAACUUUGCUACUGAAUAAGGGCUACCAGUUUGAAAGUGACACCGAUACUGAAUGUAUUGCUAAACUUUUUAAGCAUUUAUAUGAUACCAACUUAAAGAAUGGACACGAUUUAGACUUCCAUGAAUUGACCAAAUUGGUUUUGUUGGAGUUGGAAGGUUCUUACGGUUUACUAUGUAAAUCUAACCAUUAUCCAAAUGAAAUUAUUGCAACCAGAAAGGGGUCUCCACUAUUGGUUGGUGUUAAAUCAGAAAAGAAAUUAAAAGUUGACUUUGUGGAUGUCGAAUUUCCAGAUGAAUCCAUGGGUAAGCCUGACACUCCUUUGGUAUCCGCUAGUGGUGAAGCAAUCAAUAACAAUAACGUAACUGUUUCAGGUAGAAAUGCUCGUCAUGUUGAAGCUAACGCCCAUAACAACAAUUUGAUGCCAAUAGCUGCUAACGACUUCAACUUGAGACAUUCUCAAUCUCGAGCUUUCUUGUCAGAAGAUGGUUCCCCAACACCAGUUGAAUUUUUUGUUUCUUCUGAUGCAGCAUCUGUUAUCAAGCAUACUAAAAAGGUUCUUUUCCUGGAAGAUGACGAUAUUGCACACAUUUAUGAUGGUGAAUUACACAUUCAUAGAUCGAGAAAGGAAGUCGGUGCAUCAAUGACUAGAUCCAUCCAAACUUUGGAAAUGGAGCUAGCGCAAAUUAUGAAGGGUCCUUACAAACAUUUCAUGCAAAAGGAAAUUUAUGAACAACCCGAAUCGAGUUUUAACACUAUGAGAGGUAGAAUUGACUUUGAGAACAAAAAUGUUAUGCUUGGUGGUCUAAAAGCUUGGCUACCAGUUAUCAGAAGAGCUCGUAGAUUGAUAAUGAUUGCUUGUGGUACAUCUUACCAUUCAUGUCUAGCCACUAGAGCUAUUUUUGAAGAACUGUCCGAAAUACCAGUAAGUGUUGAAUUGGCUUCAGACUUCUUGGACAGGAGAAGUCCUGUGUUCAGGGAAGAUGUUUGUAUAUUUGUGUCACAAAGUGGUGAAACUGCAGACACGAUGUUUGCUUUGAACUACUGUCUAGAGAGAGGUGCUUUAACUAUCGGUAUUGUCAACACUGUCGGUUCUUCAAUUUCAAGAGUGACUCACUGUGGUGUCCAUAUCAAUGCUGGCCCUGAAAUUGGUGUGGCCUCUACUAAAGCCUACACUUCUCAAUAUGUAGCGUUGGUGAUGGUGGCAUUAUCUCUUUCCGAUGAUAGAGUUUCAAAGAUUGAGAGGAGAAAGGAAAUUAUAGACGGGUUGAAAUUGAUUCCUGGUCAAAUCAAACAAGUAUUGAAUUUGGAAGACAAAAUCAAAAAGUUAUGUGUUACAGAAUUGAAGGACCAAAAAUCCUUGCUUCUACUAGGUAGAGGUUACCAAUUUGCUUCUGCGUUGGAAGGUGCUUUGAAAAUCAAAGAGAUAUCAUAUAUGCAUUCUGAAGGUGUUCUUGCUGGUGAAUUGAAACACGGUGUGUUGGCUCUUGUUGAUGAGAACUUACCAAUUAUUGCUUUUGGCACUAGAGACUCCUUGUUUCCAAAGGUUGUAUCUUCAAUUGAACAAGUGACUGCCAGAAAAGGUAAACCGAUUAUUAUCUGUAAUGAAAACGAUGAUGUAUGGGCUAAAAAGGCUGAGCAAAUUAACUUGGUUACGUUGGAAGUCCCUCAAACAGUUGAUUGUUUACAAGGUCUACUAAACAUCAUUCCACUACAAUUGAUGUCAUACUGGUUAGCAGUAAACAAAGGUAUAGAUGUUGAUUUCCCUAGAAAUCUUGCAAAAUCUGUCACUGUUGAAUGA